CUGGCUUCCGGUUGUUCUUGGGAAGCACUCCACGCCCGUUGCUCGCUUUUUCCAUCAUGGCACUGGAUGGGCCUGAUCCACAGAGCCUAAAAUCAUGGCAGGAUGCUUUCCAGUACCCAAUUCCGACCGUGCGUCGCGUGGAGCAGGAACUCCGCCGAGAUGUCGCAAGCAACAAGGAGAAGUUACGGGCUUUUGUUGGCACACGGUAUCGAGAGCUUGUCGGCACCGCUGAGACAAUUGUGUCCAUGAAUCGCGAGAUGGAGGAGGUGGAUUCGACCUUGGCCGAUAUUGGACGAAGAUGCAACCCACGAUUGAUGGGGAAGAAAUAUGCACAUCUCAACCAGAUAAAUAGUGACAUCAAAGACCAGGAUGUUACGAAGCGGGUGUUUGGGGCACAACUUGCGCUGCUCCAUCGUUGUUCGAUUUUAAUGUCGAGGCUGUUGAGGAAACGUAGCUCACCGUUACUAAUAGCAAAGCUGUUUGUCAUUUCUCGUCCUAUCCACAAGACACUUUCCGAACAAAAAUCCGUACCGCCAUUCCUGGAGAUUCUCCGUAACCAGCUUGCAUCUCUUAAGCGCUCGCUGCGGAACCGAAUUAAUAAACGGUUGGCCUCCGCCAAAUCGACCGCUGAAGAGGUUAUAGAGGCCCUGGCCGCUUAUUGCCUUGCUACGAGUUCUUCCCUAGAUGAUGCCGUCGCCUACUACCACAAACUCCGCCUGGAUGCUAUCGGAAAUCAGCUAGAACUAACCGAUACGUCGGGUGAGAACAUCUUGGCCGCGCUACGUCUCUAUAUCCAGACCCUUCAAAUUUCGAAGACUCUUCUCUCUCGUCGCUUCUCAGAUGUUCUCGGCAAGUUAAAGGUGCGACCUCUCUUGGCUGAUCCUGAGAUACGCAACCUAGAUGAUUUGGGACUUGACGUCCUAGGCCGUUGGGUGGCCGCAGACAUUAUCAAUUUCACCCCUUGGAUCAAACUCAAUGAAUUCUCCAAACAAGAUGCAGAGCGAACUAUUAAAAAAUGGUCAAAGAGUGCCUUCGACAGCUUUGUGCACAAUUGUCAGGCUACCCUUACCAAAUGGGUGGAUUUCUCAAAGUUGCUGCUACUACGUAAAGAAACGCUGGAGCUUUGGCUUCGUUCCUGGGGCUCUACCCCUGUCCACUCGGCUUUGCAAGUACUAGAAGGAAUCCGGACCGUGUUUAACUCGCGUCUUACGGAUAUCCUAUCGGACGAUGUCAAGGCCUUAGAUUCGUUUGGUCAGACAGUUGCGUCUGCAAUAUCGGGUUGGGAUAAGGGGGAACAUAGUGUUUCUCAGUCUCUCUGGGAUGAUGCGCUGGUCUCUCUUGACUACUCAAAUGGUGGAGAAGCUUUUAAGGAAUCUAUCUCGGACAGGCUGCUUGGCCGGGACGAAGAUACAUCCGCGGUUUUCGAAAAAUACAAAGACUGGCUUUGUUGCGUUGAAAACUUGAGAGAAGCCAUCGACGGGCUGCGACAGAUUCGAUGGUCUGAUGUCCUCGAUGAAGCUACGGACGAGGACAUUGAUAUAGAUGUUGCAGCGAUCCUAAGCGAAGAUGAUAGACAGCUUUUAUGGGAAGCACUAGGGUUAUCCGUUAAGAAGGCUUUGGAUGCUCUGCAAACUUCGUUUAGCGAGACCUUCAAGCCUAUCGAAGACUCUAAAGAAGGUGUUAAGGCGGCAUUCUUGCUAAAACUCGUCAGGCUAGUUCGCAGGGAUCUCCCGCGUGAGUUUGUGUCUAGCGACUUAGAACUCUCUAAAGAGAUUGUGCCCCAACUCCAGGAAUUGCUUGCCGCAGAUGUGGUCACAAACACCCACCCCUUGACAUUCGCAACUCCCUCGAAAUAUCAGUCUCGUCAAAUUCCAGGAAGAAGCCUCUGGGAGGGUGAACCCGAGAUUCCUAUUCAACCAUCGCCAUCUACGUUCAAGUUCUUGCGCCGAAUGGUAGGGUCCAUGGACAGGUAUGGCCCGGGACUUUGGGAUACUGGCACCGUGUACGUUCUCGAAAGCAUCCUCCAGAAGGAAUUGGCCGACCGAGUCCGCUUCUUCAUCGACGAACUAAAGUCGUCUACUAUGGACAAGUCAGAUUCUGGGGAAGAGGCAUCCCCAGUUCAAAACGGAAACAACCUUUCCGCGACUGCGGCGAACAAGGAACAGCAUUUGGACGAUCUCAAGAUGCAGCUCUAUUUCGAUACAGUAUUCUUGAACUAUGCCCUGGCAGGCAAAGAUGCAAAACAAAACGAACUGUCAAAUGUUGCCGAGCAGCUUCGAAAUAGUCUUGGGUCUAAUACCGAAAGGACGAUCAAGACCAUGGAUCAAAAGGCACAAGAAUACUGGCACCGCACACGAUUGUUGUUUGGCUUAUUGGCAGUUGAUACUCAGUAGCCGAAACAUGUAAUCGCAUCAUGUAAAUAAUGUUAAUUCUUAUACACCGAUUAUGUAUAAUGAAUGCUUCC